CGCGACGCGGUGCUGAGCGCGGGCGGAGAUGGCGGCGGGUGCGGAGGCGCCGCGUGGUUUCUUGGUGCUGUUCCUGCUCGGCGAGGUGGCUGCCGGCGUCCUAGGGACAACUGGUUUUAUAAAGUCACCGCUGUCUCAAAAGAGACUGACUCAGGACAGCGUGGAGUUGUACUGCGAGGCGAUUGGCAAUCCCAUCCCUGAGAUCCAGUGGUGGUUUGAGGGAAACGAGCCCAAUGAGACCUAUGCUCAGCUCUGGGAUGGCGCACGGCAGGACCGUGUCAAAAUCAACGCCACCUACAACCUGCACUCCACCAGCACCAUCUCCAUCGCAAACCUCACGAGCGACGACUCGGGCAUGUAUGAGUGCCGGGCCAGCAACGACCCCGACCGCAACCACUUGUCGAAGAGCCCCAAAGUCAAGUGGAUCCGUUCCCAGGCAAACGUUUUUGUCAUUGAACGUCCAGACAUCAAGGUUCAUGUAAAUUAUGUUUCUGGGAAGCUGAUCCUCUCCUGCAACAUGAGUGCACCAUACCCUGCCAUCGAGGGCCACGAGUGGAUGCGUGGAGACAAGGUCCUUCAAGCAGACACGGAGACAAAUGCUUUCACCAGUUACAUGAUUGAGGGGAAGAUGGAGGAGCACUCUGGUGUCUAUGAAUGUGUCUACAAAACGAACCCAGUGAUUAAAGGACAAGUGAAUAUUUCAGUUUCACCCCAAGUGAUGGCAUACAAGAAGUCUGAGCAUGGGAAUGAGGGGGACACAGGUGUGCUGACCUGCAAGAAUCCCUCUUUCCCCCCUGUCAACUCCUGGGUCUGGUACAAAAAUGGUCAAGAGCCCAUCGUCAAUGGUUCUGGGCGAUACAUCAUCAAGUCCAGUGGCAACAAGACGGAGCUUCGCAUCCUGAAGCUGAGCAUCGAGGAGGACACGGGUGACUACCACUGCAAUGCCACCAACUCCCAGGGCUUUGGGGGUGCCACCGUGAACCUGCGCGUGCGCAGCCGCCUGGCAGCGCUCUGGCCCUUCCUGGGUAUCGUGGCAGAAGUCCUCGUGCUUGUCACCAUCAUCUUCAUCUAUGAGAAGAGGAGGAAGCCAGAUGAGGUUCUUGAUGAUGAUGAUGGAGGCUCUGCACCACUGAAAAGCAAUGCCACAAACCACAAGGACAAGAACGUCCGCCAGAGAAAUGCAAACUAAGCUGGGGCCAGGUGAAGUGUAGAUGAAGAACUUAUCUGGAUAAUUAUUUUUUCUUUUAAUUUUUUGGUAAGAUAGCACCAUGAAAUAUUCUAGUGCGUCCUUGCUUCACUUUCUAAAGGAACUUAAGUUGUAGAAUCUAAAAUACACUUUUUUAAAAAAAAGAGUUGUGGGAGGGUUUUUCUACCUGUAAGUGUAAAUCCCUUGUUUAUGGUAGUCUAGGUCACUGGCUGUCUCUGUCCUCAGUUUCUUCAUGUUGGAACAGAGGGGGUGGGAGAGAGUAGAGCUUCUCUCCCUCCCCUCUGGAAGGAAGGGGGUGUGCUGGGUAGGGCCACUCAACUGCCCCCCUGUCCCCACCUCGGCAUCUGAGGCCACGCAAGGGGCUGUGAAUGACAGACCUGACCACACUGUGGUGUGUGUGGUUCCUUGUGCUGCUGCUCUGCAAGUGGCUGGCACAGCCUGUGUCCCAGCAGGUCUGUUGCCCUGCCCUGUUUGUGUGGGUUGGGGAGAAGCUGCUCUGGUGAUGUCUGGGGGUGACUUCAUCUCACUGGAGGGCUUUGGAAGGUGGUUCUGUGUCGUUCCCAGUGCAUCACCUGGAGCAAGGUUGUAUGGAAGUGACGUGUCCCACAGCCACUUGGCCAGGGCCACCAGGCACAUCUGGUGUGGCUCUGGGGGAGGCAAGAGCAAAGGGCUUUUCUUUGGCAUGUGCUGCUGCACCUGGAGCUGUGAGCAGGGCCAGCCUGAGGUGGGUGGGAGCCCCUCAACUCCCUGAGAGCUGCUGCAGGCUCCUCUUCACCAGACAGCGAGGAGGCAGCAUUAGAGCUGGGUGCUGGAUAACAUGGAUUAACAUGUUUCUGGGUUGUAUCUUCAGUUGCUGCCAUGGGGGAUGAAGCAGAGUGCAGGGGCUGCAGUGCUGGGUGCAGUUUGACACUGUGUUCUUGUGCUUGAGCCAUCGUGAUGUUUGCAUUACAUAGAAGCCUGAGAGCAGACAAUGCUCAGUGGGGUCUAAUACCUUUAUUGCUGGGUAGCAUUGAGCUGUUCCAUCUGUUAACACACUUCACAAAUAAAAAAGAUUCCUCUCUCUUUUUUUCCA